UGCGUCGUUUCUCGUGGGCGUGGAUCUGCCUAAGUAACGGUGUGGGCCACACUUCGGGGUUUUCAGACAGAGAUACUGCCACUAUACUUCGCUUUCUCGGGUUGAAUUAUUGAUCCGCAGUGAUCAGGCAAAUCCGACUCAUCUGCAGUCCAUGCGCGACAGAAACGCUCGACUGGAACUCAACAGCAUAUGUUGAAUUUGAGUUGCAAAUAGCUGCGCGCAAUCGCUUUGUAAUCCUAUCUCGACUUUGGAAAAAAAUUGCGUACACACCAACAAUGUCUCACGUUGAUGCAGGGCCGAAAAAUGACUCGGACUCCGAAAAGAAGACCGAACCGGCCCAGGACAGUUCAACGGGAGAAAUGGACGUCCCUAAAACUAAACUCUUUGAUGCCAAGGCAAUCUUAUGGACUUUUGGCAAAUGUCUUACUGCCUUGUUGCCCGUUUACCUGGCUGGUUACUAUCGGAUGAGCACUAGUUUAGUGGUGUUUGGGAUGAUGGUUUACGCAGGAUGGAAACACACUCGUGAGGCGAAGGAGGCGAGACUGAAAUCCGCUAUAGAGUUAGUCAGCGACGAACACGAAUACAUAUCCUCCAAAUCAUUUAGAAGUAGAAGAGACCUGCCUUCUUGGGUAAAUUUUCCAGAUGUGGAGAAGGUGGAAUGGCUCAACAAGGUUAUCCAGCAGGCCUGGCCAUUUAUUGGUCAGUAUUUGGAGAAGCUGCUGACGGAAACCAUUGCUCCAUCCAUCCGCGGCUCCAGCACUCAUCUGCAGACGCUCUGCUUUACGAAGGUCGACUUUGGUGGCAAGCCGAUGAAGGUGGUUGGAGUGAAGGCUCAUACAGAAAACGAGAAAGGUCAAAUUCUGCUUGACGUUUACAUCAGUUACGUGGGGGACGUCGAGAUAAAUGUGGAGGUGAAGAGGUAUUUCUGCAAGGCUGGUGUGAAGGGAAUACAGCUUCAUGGAAUGAUGCGUGUGAUUUUGGAGCCUCUGAUCGGUGAUGUCCCAAUCGUGGGCGCUGUAACCAUGUUCUUCAUUCAAAGACCUAAACUGACCAUUAACUGGACUGGUUUGACCAACCUGCUGGACGUUCCAGGGCUCAAUGUGAUGUCAGAUACUAUGAUCAUGGACGCGAUCGCUUCAUUCCUGGUUCUGCCCAAUCGUCUCACUGUUCCUCUAGUGGCAGACCUGCAUGUUGCGCAGCUGCGGUGCCCUUUACCCAGGGGAGUUGUGCGGAUUCACCUGCUGGAGGCUGAUGGGCUGGCUUCGAAGGAUAACUAUGUGAAGGGUGUGAUGGUGAGCAUGUCUGACCCAUACGCCCUGCUCAGAGUCGGGCCGCAAACCUUCAAAUCCCGCCAUCUGGACAACACACUCAAUCCCAAAUGGGAUGAAAUGUAUGAGGUCAUCGCUCAUGAGGUGCCUGGUCAGGAGCUAGAGGUGGAAGUGUUUGAUAAAGAUCCUGAUCAUGAUGAUUUCCUGGGCAGGACAAAAUUAGAUUUGGGGAUUGUGAAGAAAUCUAAAAUAGUGGAUGAGAUGAAGAAAGGCAAUAAGGAUCCCAAUCCGAUCGUUCAAAUCUCAGUGCAAGAUGUUACUCGUGACAGCCGGAUUUGCUGGAAUACCGUGAACCCCCAGUGGGAGGACGCUUUCACUUUCUUCAUCAGAGAUCCAAGCAAACAGGACAUUUGCGUACAGGUGAAGGAUAAUGACCGUGUUCAGGAUUUGGGAAGUCUGUCCAUUCCUGUUUCCCGUCUUCUCUCUUGUCAAGAUCUGAAUUUGGACGAGUGGUUUAAUCUGGAGAAUUCUGGUCCAGAAAGCCGCAUCCACAUCAACACAGUGCUCAGGGUGCUCUGGUUGGAUGAAGCCGCCGUAACUUCCUCUCUCCUCUCCAGUGACCCUCUUUCAAAGAGUUCUGCAUCACGUCCACAGAAGACGACGCCCCAUUCCAGCUUCGCCACUGAGGGGAUGCUGCGUAUCCACCUCGUGGAGGGUCAAAAUCUGGUGGCGAAGGACAACAUGAUGGGUGGGAUGGUGAAGGGCAAGAGCGACCCGUAUGUCAAGAUCCAAAUUGGAGGUGAAACCUUUAAGAGUCAAGUGAUCAAGGAGAACCUCAACCCCACUUGGAACGAGAUGUAUGAGGUGGUUUUGACGCAGCUUCCUGGUCAAGAGUUGACACUGGAAGUUUUUGAUAAGGACAUGGACAUGAAAGAUGACUUUAUGGGCAGGCUGAAGAUGAAUCUGAGUGACAUAAUCAGCUCUCAAUACAUUAAUGAAUGGUUUACUCUGAGCGACGUUAAGCGUGGCCGUGUUCAUCUCGCUCUGGAAUGGCUGCCCGCUGUAACACAGCCAGAGAAACUACAGCAGGUGUUGCAGUACCAGUCAAAGAGCUCAUACCUGAAUAAGACAGUGCCGACUGCCGCUCUCCUGUUUGUGUAUGUGGAGCGUGCGCAUGAGCUUCCUUUGAAGAAGAGUGGAAAGGAGCCUAAAGUUGGAGCUGAGCUUAUUUUGAGAAGAACUUCUCAUAGAACCACGGUAUGCGAUCGCACCAGCUCUCCCCGGUGGGACGAGGCAUUCCACUUCCUGGUUCAAGAUCCAUUGAACGAAGACCUUGUUGUGAAGUUGACCCACAACUGGGACUUCUCUCUGGGAUCUGUGGUGAUUCUCGUCAAAGAGCUUCUCUCUGAGCCAGAUCUGAUGCUGGACCAGUGGCUCGAUCUGGAUGGAGCGUCACCCCAGAGUCAGAUUCUGCUCAGAGCUCAGCUGAAGAUUCUUUGCUCUAAAGAGACAGAGAGCUCUGAAGACCAUGAGGAACCUAAACGUCCUGAAGUGUCCAGCAUUAGAAGAAAACAGGAGGAGGAAUUAGUACAGAUGUCUAGCUUUGAAGAGGUCCCACCAUCUCCUGUCAGCAGGACUUCCUCUGUGUCAGUCCCAGAAGAGGAAGAAGUCCCAGAGGUCACAGAGGACCCAGAAGUUUCCAGUUCAGAUGACCUUCGACCCUUGCACACCAUCCCUGACCCCAGCUUUGGUGCUGAGGGCAUGCUCCGCCUCCACCUGCUGGAAGCUGAAGAUCUGAUUGCAAAGGACAACAUGAUGGGUAGGAUGGUGAAGGGGAAGAGCGACCCGUAUGUCAAGAUUCAUAUCGGAGAUGCAGUCUUUAAGAGUCAUGUGAUCAAGGAGAACCUCAACCCCACCUGGAACGAGAUGUAUGAGCUGGUUAUGACCUCCAGGUCGACCUCUGAUGUCCUUGUGGAGAUUUUCGACAAGGAUGUGGACAAAGAUGACCUUUUAGGGAGGAUAAAAAUCAGCUUACAGGAGAUCAUUCAGUCCCAGCUGACUGACAAAUGGUUUUCUCUGAGUGACGUCAAACAUGGCCGGGUUCAUAUGAUUCUGGAAUGGCUGCCUACAGUCACACAACCUGACAGACUACAAAAGGCUCUGCAGUUACAGUCAGAGCAUUCGUACCAGAACAAAUCUGUGCCGUCAGCUGCUCUGUUCUUCAUCCUCUUGGAGAGAGCUCACGACCUGCCGCUGAAGAAGAGUGGAAAGGAGCCCAAAGCUGCUGCAGAGCUGGUGUUGGGUGACAUUUCUCAUAAAACCAAGGUGUGUGACCGCUCCACGUCUCCCGAGUGGAGUGAAGCUUUUCACUUCCUCAUUCACAACCCUACAGAAGAAAUUCUUAUUAUAAAGCUUUCAAGUGCCUUUGAGCAGCCCUUAGGCUCUGUGGUUCUACCAAUCAGAGAGCUGCUUUCAAAACCAGAUCUACUGAUGGACCAGUGGUUGAGUCUGGAUGGAGCAGGUCCUGACACUCAGAUUCUGCUGAGGGCACAGCUUAAGAUUUUGGAUUCAAGUUUGGAUUCAAGUGUCCUUCAUCGUAAGAAGCCUGUUGUUGAAGAAGAGCAUUCGGUGAGUGAACAGCGUGAAGAAAAAGCACCAGUCGCUGCUGCAGUCAGUAAGGAGUCUGAGAAGAAAACACUGACAAAAAGGGUCAGUGAACUAGCAGCCUUUACUUUACCAGUACCUGCAACACUGCCUGAAGAACAUCAGAAACCCACGUCAGACACCCAUCACUCGCCAUCUGUCCCGAAAACACUGCUUGACACUGAGGAUCUCAGCAAUGUUCCUGAUUCCACUACCAGUGAGGGUGGAUGUAUGGAACCAGUCAAAACAUUUGGAUCAGCCCAUGAAGAGCAAAAACACAUGGAAAAAGCAGAAGAGCAGUCUGGCAAGAAGGUUUCUCCCAGUGUCCCUGCAGAGGAGUCAAAAGUCUCUAGCUCUACAGACGUACGACCCCAAAAGACUAGCUAUGACCCCAGCUUUGGCACCAAGGGGGUGCUGCGUAUCCAUCUUUUGGAAGCUCAGGAUCUGGUAGCCAAGGACAACAUGAUGGGUGGGAUGGUGAAGGGCAAGAGCGACCCCUAUGUCAAGAUUCAUAUCAGAGACACAACCUUUAAAAGUCAUGUGAUCAAGGAGAACCUCAACCCCACCUGGAACGAGAUGUAUGAGAUGGUUCUGAGUCCUGAUAAUAAUCUAGAUGUGAAGUUUGAGGUCUAUGAUAAGGAUUUUGAAUCUGAUGAUUUCCUUGGAAGGUUCAAGCUCAAACUUGGACAUAUCAUCAGUACCCAGUAUGAUGAUGAAUGGUUUACUUUGAAUGAUAUAAAACACGGUCGAGUCCAUUUGGUCCUGGAAUGGCUUCCCACCUCAACACAGCGGGAUAGAUUGGAUCAAGUAAUGCAGAUGCAAAGCUCUCGGAUCUACCAGAACAAGUCUGUGCCGUCAGCAGCGUUGUUGUUUAUUUAUUUAGAAAGAGCUCAUGAUCUGCCUUUGAAGAAAAGUGGAAAGGAACCCAAAGCUGCUGCUGAACUUGUACUUGGAGCAACAUCGUAUAAAACCAAGGUGUGUGAUCGAUCAACUUCUCCUUACUGGAAUGAAGCAUUUGACUUUCUGGUUCACGACCCCAAAAAGGACAUGCUUGUCAUUAAGAUCUCAAGUGCCUGGGACCAACCUAUGGGCUCUUUGGUUCUACCAAUCAGAGAGCUGCUUUCAAAACCAGAUCUACUGAUGGACCAGUGGCUCGAUCUGGAUGGAGCUUCACCAAAGAGCCAGAUCCUACUCGGGGCACAGCUGAAAAUCUUGGAUUCAAAAAUGGCCGCCUUAAUAGCCAUGGGUUCAGGUCCUGUGUUGAGUAAUAUGCAGACGGCCACCACUGGUCAGAUCAAAAUCUCCCUUUCCUUCCAGAAGAAGUUGACAGUGAUCAUCCAUGCAUGCAGGGGUCUGGUUACAUCAUCUAAGGACAGCUUAGACACCUACGUCUCCCUCAUUCUGCUGCCGGAUAAAAGCAAGGCCACAAAAAGAAAAACAAGUGUGAAGAAGAAAAAUCUGAACCCAGAGUUCAAUGAAAGGUUUGAGUUUGAUAUGAGUGUGGAGGACGCUCAGAGACGAGAGCUCAGUGUUUCUGUGAAAAACGCAUCCUCGUCCUUCAUGAAUCGAGACAAAGACUUGAUCGGCCAGGUGCAGAUAGACCUGGGACAUGUGGACUUAAUCUCUGGAGUCACAGAAUGGUUUGAUCUAAAAGAAGAGCAGAACUAACUGAACACAAUGCUCUUGACCUGAGCACUUCACAGCCAACCUUAAACUUCUUCCUGAAGUUCAUCAGGUUAACUUCGCUGCCGUGUAUCGCUGCCAGUGCUUCUCUUCCCUCUUUUUUUUUUUUAUAACUUCACAAACACAUAUUUCGUCCCUCCAUCUGUUUAGCAACAGAUGAUUUCGAGUGACCAGUUCAUGUGAUGAAUGUGAUUGAUCAUUGUGGUUUGAACAUAUUGCUGCAUUGAGUAUUAUAUCAGAACUGAUAUAUAAAUUGGUGAUGUCUGUAAAGUCAGUAAUCAGACGACUGAAUGUUAACCGUACGUAUUUACAGAGAUGAAUGUUGAGCAGGUGUCUGGAAAGAGUCGUCUUUCUGUGCAGGUUGCAGGGACGUCGCAUUUGUGCUGAAAAUUGUUUUAAAAUGGGGUUUUAAAGCAAAGAAAUGUUUUUGUUUUUAUCAAACGUGAGGAUACAAUAAGAAAUCUUGUUUAAAUGUACAAAUUCAUGAAAGAUUAUAAUUGACAGAUCUUGGUGCACCAAAAAUCUAAAGUGGUUUUAUUUAGACAGUCUACAUAUCACCGCCUAAAACUUUAUUUAAGAUAACUUAUGUGCUGUUACCACUGCAGAUCUCCACAAUCAUAGUGUUGCGCUUCGAAAACUAGCU